AUCGCCCAGCACCUGCACCGACAGCCCGCCUUCCGGGACGUCGCCGUGACUGUUUAUAAUUGUGUAACCAAAUAAGUUUGUUUUAUAACAGUAUUAAAUAUUUAAUAUAAUUUUGGAUUGGAACUAGCAAGAUGCUGGUGUGGAUAUGGCUGGGUUGCCUCGUGGCCGCUGUAGUUUUGUACUUUCGACAAGUGUACAGCUUCUUUAAAAAGCGGGGUGUGAAAACACCCCCGAUUAUACCGCCUUUCGGCACUAUGGUGGGCGUAUUGUUGCAGCAAGAGCAUUUCGCUGAUCAUAUCUCCAGAUUUUAUAAGAAAUUUUCUGAUCAGAGGUUCUACGGUGAGUUCCAGUUGAUGAAGCCACUUCUGCAGGUGAGAGACAUCGAGCUGAUUAAGAAGAUUGGCAUAAAAGACUUCGAGCACUUCCUGGAUCACAACACUUUUAUCGAAGAGCAAUACGACCCACUUUUUGGGAGAAACCUAUUCUCUUUAAAAGGCCAAGAAUGGAAGGACAUGCGAUCGACCCUCAGUCCUGCUUUCACCAGCUCCAAAAUGAAAAUGAUGCUACCAUUAAUGGUGGCAGUUGGAGAUCAAAUGAUCCUCUCUCUUAAGAAGAAAAUUAAGGAGUCCAAACAUGGUUAUUUGGAUAUUGAUGCGAAAGACCUAACGACCAGAUACGCGAAUGACGUCAUUGCUUCUUGUGCCUUUGGCCUGAAGGUCGAUUCUCACACGGAGGAGGACAACCAAUUUUACGCAAUGGGAAAAACUGCUUCAAACUUUAAGUUUCGUCAGCUACUCAUGUUUUUCUUGCUGAGUUCUUUUCCGAAAGUGGCUGGAAUAUUCAAAUGGACUCUGUUCUCUGAGUCGGUGCAGGACUUCUUCAGGACGCUGGUGAUGGAUACGAUGCAGAACAGGGAGCUACACCAGAUCGUUCGUCCUGACAUGAUACAUCUUCUCAUGGAAGCUAAGAAAGGUAAACUGACCUACGACGAGAAAUCAAGCCACGACAAGGACACCGGCUUCGCCACCGUCGAAGAAUCGUCCGUUGGCCAGAAGCAAAUUAACAGGGUAUGGACCGACGAUGAUCUCACCGCCCAAGCCAUCCUGUUCUUCAUAGCUGGCUUCGAGACCGUAUCCUCUGCUAUGACGUUCCUGCUAUAUGAGCUUUCUGUCAACCCUGAAAUCCAAGAGAAACUGUACCAGGAAAUCAGAGAGAAUGAGGCCAAGAACAACGGGAAAUUUGACUAUAAUUCUAUACAGAAUAUGGUAUAUAUGGACAUGGUGGUGUCAGAAUCGUUGAGGUUAUGGCCGCCCGCCAUUGCUACUGACCGAUACUGUACCAAAGACUACAAUUUGGGCAAACAUAAUGACAAAGCUACUGAGGACUAUAUUAUGCGAAAAGGCGAUGGUAUCCAGAUCCCCGUGUGCGCAAUCCAUCGUGACCCUGAGUACUACCCAAACCCACAUAAUUUUGACCCUGAGAGGUUCUCUGAAGAGAACAAACACAAGAUCCAACCCUUCACCUACUUACCGUUUGGAAUUGGACCCAGGAAUUGUAUUGGUUCAAGAUUCGCCCUUAGCGAAGUGAAAGUAAUGGUAUAUCAGCUCCUAAAUUCCUUCGAAGUGUCGCCAUCGGAAAGAACGACUAUACCUCCCAAGUUGGAUCCGUCUACGUUCAAUGUUCGCAUGAAGGGAGGUCACUGGAAUCGUCUUAAAGUUCGGAAAGUGUGAUUGCGUUUUGCCUAUUAUUCUGCAUUGCUAAAUAAAUACCCUCCGUACUACCAACAAAAACAUCUCAAAUAAAAUGCAGUAAUACACCGCAAAUCCUGCACUUAUAAAGCACUAAUGAAAUUUUUGGUGUACU